CUUCGUCUCUGACAUAACAUAUAGUCACAAACAAUAUAAUUUUGAGCUGCCAGUGUUGUUUCCUCCCGCCGCCGCUGCCAGUGCUGUGCCUGUCCUUUCCGCCUUCCACUUCCAUAUUUUUCUCUCUUCUCCAGAUUCUCCAUAGUUGAAUACAAUGAAGAUCAGCAACACCGGGGAGAAUGUUUCCGUGAAUGAUAAUGACGAGACUGAACUUGCUGGAGAAACUGGGAGUUUACCGACAAAAGAUUUCGAUAAUUUGGAAUCAGAAGCAACACUGACCUCAACCAAAAAGGUAAAACGAAAGAAGAAACGAAUUGCAUCAGAAAUGGAGCAUUCAUCUGCAAGAGAUAUAGAUACUGAAAAUGGAGAGGCUAUGGAUGGAGUUCUUGUUGAAGAUGUGAAUGAGCCAACAAUGGGUGAGAAACUUGCAAGUUUAAAUUUACAAGAUAAUGAUAAAAUCAAAGACCAAGAAAAUCCAGAAUCAGGUCCUCUUGCAAAGCCACCAAGCGCCAACUCAGUUAACAUUCUUCUUAAGCAAGCAUUGCAUGCUGAAGAUCGUGUUCUUCUACUAGAUUGCUUGUAUGCCCAAGAUGAAAAGGUUAUUGCAAAUUCAAUUUCACAGCUUAAUCCAUCUGAUGUUCUCAAGCUUUUGCACUCGCUCCUCACGAUAAUUGACUCAAGGGGAGCAAUCUUGGCAUGUGCACUUCCAUGGCUAAAAAGUUUGCUUCUUCAGCAUGCCAGUGAAAUAAUGUCACAGGAGUCUGCUUUAGUUUCCUUGAACUCUCUAUAUCAGCUUAUCGAGUCUAGAGUCUCAACUUUCCAGUCAGCAUUGCAACUAUCGACUUGCUUGGACUUUCUCUAUACAGAGGUUGUUGAUGAUAUGUCAGAAGAAAAUGAAACAAUUGUUCCAGUAAUUUUUGAGGACAACGACGAAAGUGAGGAUGAUGAAUCUGAAGAGGCCAUGGAUACCGAUCAAGAUAGUGAAGAAGAAGCACCUUUGGGUGGAAUUAGUGAUCUUGAAGAAGGUGACGAAGACAUUAACGAAUGAUUAUUAUCGAAACAAUCGGUAAAAUGCUUUAAUAUAUGUAUGAUAGUGUCCUAAUUAUAAGGCAGGCUCAACAUUCUGUCUUAUAAAUGUGAAGGGCAUGCACAUUGAUGUGCAGAUUUUGAUGACAACCCUUGUUUCUGCUGAUCAAUGCUCUAGUAGAACACCAACUUUACUACAUGCAGCUGUUGUAGAUUUUAUAUCCUUUCAUUUGGUUGUGCUGAGUAAUUUGAUAAGCAAAAUUUUAGCUCU